AUGGCUCGGGCGCCUAAUGCAAACUCCUGUAAGCCAAAAUCUUGCACGAAGAAAAGGAAGUCAUCGGUUGCUUUUGGUGACAAUAAUGUUCUUGACAAUGAGAGUCCAGUAGAGCACAAAAAGCGGAUUAUACACCGAGAUGUUGAAAGACAAAGAAGACAAGAAAUGGCUGCUCUUUAUCAAUCUCUCCGAUCACUGGUCCCUGAUGAGUAUCUCCAGGGAAAGAGAUCGACAUCUGAUCACAUGCAUGGGACAGUUAAAUAUGUAAGACAUAUGAAAAGAAAGGUAGAUGAGCUGAUAAGUAAGAGAGACGAACUCCAAGAACUCAUGAAACCUGGCUGCAGUUUCAGUAUGUUAACAGAAUUUACAGUUAGUCUCAACAAGACUAGUGUAAGAGUGCAAAGUAGCACUACAGGGAUGCAGAUAAUUUUGAAGACUACUUUAAGAGGAGGGCUGCCUCUAUCAAAAUUUCUCAGCGUUCUUAAUGGAGAAGGCUUAUCAGUUAUAAGUUGCGUUUCCACCAACGCCAAUGAAGGACAACUUCAUGUUAUGGAAUCCGAGGUGGAUCAGGGGAGGAGCUUUGAUCAAACUAAGCUGCAGAAGAGAUUGAAGGAAUUGCUAUACAACCUAUAAGCCCGAACCUAUUCUCAUUCUUGAAAUUCUGUUAUUUCCAGUAUAUAAGGAUUGAAUAAAUUGAACUUUCAAUGUGUGCAGUUAAAUCGAACGCAAAUAGUUUGUGAGCCUUCUCAUGUGCAUCUUGUUACACAGCUGUUUAAUUCUCCAACAGCAAGAAAGGCCUUCGU